CCGAUAUCUUCAUAUCUCGCAUAUGUGCCUGUUUCGGAGAGGGUAAGAGAGGUCGGGCGAAGAUGGUGUCGUUGAAGUUGCAGAAGCGGCUCGCCGCAAGCGUGCUCAAGUGCGGAAGAGGAAAGGUCUGGCUUGAUCCCAAUGAAGUCAAUGAAAUCUCCAUGGCUAACUCCCGUCAAAACAUCCGGAAGUUGGUGAAGGAUGGGUUUAUCAUCAGGAAGCCAACUAAGAUCCACUCCAGGUCUCGUGCCCGCCGAAUGAAGGAAGCCAAGAGAAAGGGUCGCCAUUCUGGAUAUGGUAAACGUAAGGGUACUAGGGAGGCUAGGUUGCCCACUAAAAUUCUUUGGAUGAGGAGGAUGAGAGUGCUUAGGCGUUUACUUCGCAAGUACAGAGAGGCUAAGAAGAUUGACAAACACAUGUACCAUGAUAUGUACAUGAAAGUUAAGGGAAAUGUCUUCAAAAACAAGCGUGUGCUGAUGGAAAGCAUCCACAAAUCAAAGGCAGAGAAAGCUAGAGAGAAGACAUUGUCUGAUCAAUUUGAGGCCAAGAGAGCCAAGAACAAGGCUAGCCGUGAGAGAAAGUUUGCACGGCGUGAGGAACGUUUUGCUAAGGGCACUGUGGAGAAGGAAGCACCUGCUCCAGCAGCAGCAGCUCCCCAAACCCAAUCAGCCCCACAGGUAUCUAAAAAAUCAAAGAAGUGAAGCCUUGGACUUGUAUCUGUCUAGUUGGAGGCUUUACAUUAUGUUUUCUGAUCCUUGCCAUUUUUGUUGUUUUAUCAUUAUUAUUAGAAUAUUUGUGCUUUCCGAACUUGUGAAGUUUAUAACCAUGGUACUAUGUUUUUAUUCUAGCCUUUUGGUCUACUUUAUGCCUUACAAGCUUGUGGUAUAUGCUUACUGUCUUCUGAGUAGUGUUAUCACCAGACUGAGUUGGUAGUUACUACGUAUUUAAUGACAGAAAUUCAGUUGGUUUCAAAACAUUGCAAAAUGGACUUAAGUUGAUAUCAUCAGUGCAUAUUGACUCAAGGUCUUCAUGUGUAGUUUAAGAAAUGUCAUUAGGUAUUUAGGCGAUACAAAUGUAACACCAUGUAGACUUUCUUUUUUGAGUUUGAGAUAGGAAUUUUUGAGUAUUGGUUAAAAGGUGGGUUUGAGAAAGGAAUUUGCAAACUGCUAGAUUUGUUUUUGC